ACGUCACCCAGUCCUAACCCCAUGCACAUCACCUCAAAAACUGCCAGACUCCUUCCUGCCCUGUCACACGCUGACAAACGGAGCAGAAGAGACGGCGUCCGAACUCCGGCUCCGAGCCGGCCGCUUUAUCUCGACUGUUUCCCGAGUGACAGAGACGCCUCCCCAGCGCUGAGCGCCCUGCAGCGCUGCCCUUCGAUUCAUAGUAACUGUAAUGCCAAUGGCUGUGUUGGCGCUAGAACUCCACAUUACAAGAAGACCAAAUGUGAGAUAAAACAAGAAACCAAGCAAUUAAAAGAAUGAAGAUGCGGAUAUGGUUUUCUAAAUAUACUCUGAAACAGAAACUUACUCUGUUGAUACUCACCGUGUCUCUGCUCUGUAUCCUGAAAUUUAUGAAAGGUGACAUUUAUACAACAACCCCGACUUAUUAUGUGGAGCCGUAUCCUAUUUUUCCAGAAAGUGUCGAUAACAGGAAUACAUUUAUAAAUGCUCCAUCUGACAAUAUUAAUUGCAAAAGCAUAUAUGAACUUGAGCCUGCUGAAAUUGGGAAAAGCUUAGAAGUUCGCAAAAAGCGUAUAUAUGAUCUAAAAGAUGAAGACGUUGUAGCGAUGACAAAAAACUGUGACGUCUAUAAGGCCGUUAGAAAGUACAACCAGAAACCACUUUCCUUGGAGGAGAAAAGCUUUCCAAUUGCAUAUUCUCUUGUACUUCAUAAAGAUGCCAUUAAUGUGGAAAGAUUACUCCGCUUAAUAUACAACCCUGUGAAUGUAUAUUGUAUCCAUUAUGAUUUAAAGUCUUCAACCGCUUUCAAAAAUGCCUUGAUAAACCUAGCCAGUUGUUUCCCUAAUGUUUUCAUUGCCUCAAAGCUUGAAACAGUGACUUAUGCCCAUAUUUCAAGACUGCAAGCAGAUCUGAUGAAUUCUUCUGUUCAGUGGAAUUAUGUCAUUAACUUGUGUGGACAGGACAUGCCACUCAAGUCAAAUUUUGAACUGGUUUGGGAGCUGAAGAAGCUGGCUGGUAGAAAUAUGCUUGAGUCUUCUCGGCCUUCGGAUAUUAAAAAAGAAAGGUAUAUGUACCACCACAAUGUUAUAAAAGUGCCUUACUUUGAUUAUCUGCAGAUGCCUAUAAAGACGCCUAUUAAGAAAGACCCUCCUCCUUCUAAUAUUGAAAUGUUUGUAGGAAGUGCCUACUUUGUUUUAAGUCGUGCAUUCAUUAAGUAUGUUUUAGAAAGCUCAUUGGCAAAAGACUUUUUAAUUUGGUCUGAAGAUACCUAUUCUCCAGAUGAACACUUUUGGGCAACUCUCGUACGUGUUCCAGGAGUACCAGGAGAGAUCCCAAGAACAGAUAAAGAUGUGACUGACCUUGACAGCAAGACCCGUCUUGUGAAGUGGAUUUAUCUAGAGGAAAGUCUUUACCCUCCUUGCACUGGAACCCAUAUCCGAAGUGUAUGUGUUUAUGGUGCUGCUGAACUACGUUGGCUUCUUAGAUUUGGACACUGGUUUGGCAAUAAGUUUGAUCCCAGAGUAGAUCCUAUUUUAACAAAAUGUUUGAUUGAAACGCUUGAAGAACAGCAAUCACAGUGGGUGUACUUAUCAUCAAGGUGACCUUUGGGUAACAUUCAGACAUUCAGGCUCUGUGACCCUUUGUUACCAAAGACCAUACAAUGUUGUGCAAACAGGAAUAUGACAGUAUUGAAAGUAUUAAAGCUAAUGUGUA